AUGUGCUGGUCAAUUUCACAAUGGUUAAAUUCCUGCUGGUUUUACCGAGUCCUGAAUUAUGAGGAAGAGAUGAAAACCGAAGUAGAAAUGCGAACCAACAAAUAUGGAGUGGUUUCUUCGGACAGUGAGGAUAAUAACGAAUUCUGUGACGAAACCGAAGAGGAAAAUGAGAGGAAAACCGGUCUUGUAGCCAGGGAACUAUGCAAGUUAUUUAUGAGACGAUGUAGGACCUUUCAUAUUCUUCUGCUGGAGUCUAAAGCCAUCCAAAGCGACUUUCCAUUCUUGCCUCCGUGUACCAAUUCUCGCAAUUACUUAACGAACCUCCGUCAACUCAUCUGUUUGGGCGAUCUGAAGUCGGAGCUCCUUAUUGCGAUAUCGCGUAUUUGCAAAGAUCUACGUAGAAUUUGUAUUGGGUUCACUCCCAAUGCUCAAUGGAAAUAUCAUUAUGAAGCCGACGCUCUGGCAACCCUUGUUAAAAAUCAGAAUCGCCUACAAAGUUUUUGCCUCCAUGGAUACAAAUGCUUUGUAUCGAUCAUUAUAGACGCAUUGAUGCACCAAUCUAACUCCCUGACAUCUUUGGAGCUAAUUGACACCGAUUUUCAUGAAGACGAUUGCAUUAGUUUAUCAGCAUUGUCAUUGUGUCAAAAUUUAGAAUCCCUCAAGAUUCGUAAUUGUUUCAUCCCUCCAAAUGACCGGUUAUUUUCGUUGACAUCGUUUUCACGACUGGAAGAGUUUGAAUUUCGAAACGAGUGGAAUCCGCUUUAUCCACUUCCACAAAAUGAAUUCUGGGAAGCAUUGUUUCAGAAUACGAAGCGCAGCCUACGAAAGAUGUCAUUUUGGUGGUUAAGGUCAGAUCCUAAAGAUGGAUUACAAAUAAUUGAGUCGAUUGCAAAGCACUGUUCACACAUACAAUUUCUCCACUUACCUGUCUUAUGGGUACAUGAAGUAUUUUUGAUCUUUGGUUGUUGUACCAAGCUCAAGGUAUUCUCAUUCAGCGGAGAUGAUUUCGAUGCGAAUGAGACAUUGACUCAAAUGGGAAUGAUUGUCCCGGUUACAUUGAAGUCUUUAACGAUAAAAGAUGGGAACAAGGGAGGUUGGACUUUCACCGUGAAAUCAUUAGAACACUUCCUAGAUAACAGUUGCGCUUCUUUAAAAGUAAUCGAUUUGACGGAGUGCAAUUGUAUGACGGAUCUGCAUUAUGAAGUAAUCAGUCGACGAGGUAUAGCUGCAUGA